GACUGGCUCUCGUCACUGCCAUUCCAUUCAGUCUAGUGGCGCGCGGCGGGGCGGCUACCGGCGGGCGCGUGAACCGAGGCGGCCGCGGCGGAAGUGACCGGCGGGCCAGGUGCCUGCCGCCACCAUGCUCCCGUUGUCACUGCUGAAGACGGCUCAGAAUCACCCCAUGUUAGUGGAGCUUAAAAACGGGGAGACGUACAAUGGGCACCUGGUAAGCUGUGACAACUGGAUGAACAUCAACCUGCGCGAGGUGAUAUGCACAUCUAGGGAUGGGGACAAGUUCUGGCGGAUGCCCGAGUGCUACAUCCGCGGCAGCACCAUCAAGUACCUGCGCAUCCCCGAUGAGAUCAUUGACAUGGUCAAAGAAGAGGUGGUAGCCAAGGGUCGGGGCCGUGGUGGCCUGCAGCAGCAGAAGCAGCAGAAAGGCCGUGGCAUGGGGGGUGCUGGACGAGGUGUGUUUGGCGGCCGUGGCAGAGGCGGGAUCCCAGGCACUGGCAGAGGUCAGCCAGAAAAGAAGCCCGGCAGGCAGGCGGGUAAACAGUGAGCUGGCCCUGCGUUACCCAGAGACUUAAGCCCUCCCCCAACAGGCUGCAUGUCUGCUCCAGUCCAUGAGUCUGUUCAGAACAGAAAAAAAGAGGCAGGUGUUGGGGGGACCCCACCUGUGCAUUUUGUGGUCCUCCUCUUUAUGUUGUCUUUUUUAAAAUUGAUUUUUAAUAGAAGAAGGGAGAGAGAGAGAAACAUUGAUGUGAGAAAAACAUCAUCAAUCUACUGCCUCCGGCAUGUACCCUGACUGGGGAUGGGACCCGCAACCUGGAUAUGUGCCCUGACUGGGAAUUGAAACUGCAACCUUUUGGUGUACAGGACAAUGUUCCAAUCAACCAAGCCACACCGCCAGAGCAUUAAGUCCUUUUUUUAAGCCAGCAUUUCUACAGUUGAAAAUAUUAUUUGGUGGUUUUGAUUUUGUGAAGUCACAGCCAACUUGAUUCCUGGAAGGUUCUGUGUGUGAAUGCAUCUGUAGAGCCUUCCCCCUUGUGUUAUCGGGGGCAUUUUCCAAAUAGGUUUGUUUUGUAUCUCUUGUUGGAUCCCUGUGUGGCAAACAGAUGGGAAGUUUUCAUUUUAAGGUCUUUGCACUGAGAUUGACAGUCCAGGGAUUUUUCCUGAGACAGACCUGAAACUUUUUUCAUAACAAAUCCGCACAGACAUGUGCCUCAGAUGCUGUUGUGGGGCCUUGGUUGGGCUGUUCCUUUGCCUUUCUCCCUCUUUUGUGUUACAAAAAUAAAAACAAAACAACUACAAACCA